UCCCAGAGCGGGAGUCAUUGCGACAGCAGUAUGCCCAGGACACUAAGAUGGGCUUUGUGAUCAAUGCCAUCUACUCCAUGGCCUAUGGGCUCCAUAACAUGCAGCGCUCACUGUGCCCAGGCUAUCAGGGGCUGUGUGACGCAAUGAGACCAAUAGAUGGCGCUACACUGCUGGACUUCCUGAUGAAGACCAACUUCACAGGCGUGUCUGGAGAGGGCAUCCUGUUUGACGAGAACGGAGACUCACCUGGCCGAUAUGAGAUCAUGAACUUUAAGAAGAUGGGCAAGGACUACUAUGACUAUAUUAACGUAGGGAGCUGGGACAACAGUGGGCUGAAGAUCGAUGACGAUGAAAUCUGGGCCAGCAAGGACACCAUCAUCAAAUCAGUCUGCAGCGAACCCUGUGACAAGGGACAGAUAAAGGUGAUCCGUAAAGGAGAGGUGAGCUGCUGCUGGACCUGCACUCCCUGUAAGGAGAAUGAGUUUGUGUUUGAUGAGUACACCUGCCGAGCCUGUGACCUGGGCUCCUGGCCCACCUUCCACCUCACAGGCUGUGACCCUAUCCCAGUGGAGUACCUGCGCUGGGGGGACCCAGAGCCCAUCGCUGCUGUGGUCUUUGCCUGCCUGGGACUUUGUGCCACAUUCUUCGUCACCUCCGUCUUCAUCAGGUUCCGGGACACUCCGGUGGUGAAGUCGUCUAGCCGAGAGCUGUGUUACAUCAUCCUGGCUGGGAUCUGUCUGGGUUAUCUGUGUACCUUCAGUCUCAUCGCCAAGCCCCAUGCUGCACACUGCUACCUACAGAGACUGGGCAUAGGCCUGUCCCCUGCCAUGAGCUACUCUGCCCUGGUCACCAAGACUAACCGUAUCGCCCGUAUCCUGGCUGGCAGUAAGAAGAAGAUCUGUACAAAGAAGCCCAGGUUCAUGUCUGCCUGCGCCCAGCUCAUCAUCGCCUCUCUACUCAUCCUGCUGCAGCUGGGCAUCAUAGUGGCUCUCUUCCUCAUGGAACCCCCACAGGUGAUCCACGACUACCCCAGCAUCCGGCAGGUCAACCUCAUCUGUUACACCACCAACCUGGGCGUGGUGGCGCCACUGGGUUACAAUGGCCUGCUGAUCCUGAGCUGCACCUUCUACGCCUUCAAGACACGUAACGUCCCAGCCAACUUCAACGAGGCCAAGUACAUCGCCUUCACCAUGUACACCACCUGUAUUAUCUGGCUGGCCUUCGUGCCCAUCUACUUCGGUUCCAACUACAAGAUCAUCACCAUGUGCUUCAGCGUCAGCCUCAGUGCCACUGUGGCGCUCUGCUGCAUGUUCGCACCCAAGGUGUAUAUCAUCCUGGCCAAGCCGGAGCGUAACGUGCGCAGUGCCUUCACUACGAGCACGGUAGUACGCAUGCAUGUGGGCGAUGGGAAGUCCUCCUCGGCUGCCAGCCGCUCCUCCAGCCUGGCCAACCUCUGGAGGCGACGCGGCUCCGCCGGAGAGACACUCAGCUCCAAUGGAAAGUCAGUAUCUUGGGCCCAGACGGAGCGGGGUUCCCGUGGAAACCACCUGUGGCAGCGCCUGUCGUUCCACAUCAAGAGGAAGGAGAAUAACCAGACAGCUGUCAUCAAGCCCUUCUCCAAGACCCCAGAGGGGCGCUACAGUGGGCGUGCUGACCUGCUCCCCCACAUGCCCUUGCCCUCCGUACCACACUCCCACUCUGAUGCAGACAAGACUCUGUAUGAACUCACAGAGGCAGAGGAGAGAUACCCCGAGGAGAGAUAUCCAAUCACCUACCGGCCUCAGACCCCUUCACCAAUCAGCACUGUCAGCCAGCGCAUGCAUGGGGCGGGACUAAGGGAUGAGCCACUUGUCAUGGGCGUACCAAGCUACCUGACCGGUGGUUCUGUCGGCGGGGUCGAUGUGUGUGACAGUUCUUUGAUGGAUCAGAUCAGCUGCGUGGUUAACCGUUUCACUGCCAACAUCAGUGAGCUCAACAGCAUGAUGCUCUCCCCGUCUCCCACACACUCACACACACACUCUCACACACACGCCCACACACACACCCUGACGCCCUCCCACCAUGCAGACCCCUUCCUCCUCCCCCGGGAGAUCCCCCUCCCCCCCACCAUGACCACAUACGCUGACGUCCAGCCCAUCCCCCCUGUAGAGUCCAACGUAGGUGGAUGCGCCUGCCUCGCUCACCCCCUGCCUCACCCUCACCCCCUGCCUCACCCUCAGGCCUCCCCAUCUCCAGUGCGACACCUCACUGCAGGGGCGGGGUCCCCUUUAAGGAGGGCAGAGCUGGAAGAGGAGCUAAUGAAUCUGACCCCGCCCUCGCCCUUCCGUGAUUCGCUGGGGUCGAGCAGUGGCUCCCCGGUCUCAGAGUCCACCCUGUGUCUGCCCCCGCCCUCGUCCCCUCCACCCAAAUACGAAAUGCUGACCCUGAGAAACUACAGCCAGAGCUCUUCCUCACUGUGAGAGAAGGAUGAGAGGAGAUGAGGAGAAGAGGAGGAGAGUGAAAGGACAGAGACGGAGAGGGGGGACAGAGAAAGAACAGUCUCUUGGGGGAGAAAAUGGAGAUGGCUGCCUUGUAAUAGCGGGAGAACGAGAGAAGAUUGGCCAGAUCCUCAGAGAGGUGAAAGCCCUGUUAGAUGGAGCGACAGGAACAGGACACAUAAUCGUGUGAUGUCAUUGGACGGUGACCUGCAGUGUUUGUGUUUACAUGUGUUCAGUUAGCAGCGAGGUGAAGUAUAAUAAAGUAUAAUGAAGUAUAAUGAAGUAUAAUGAAGUAUAAUUUAGGCAUCCAAAGCGAGAACAAGGACUACAAAAAAAUACUUUAGCGUUCUGGUGUUCAAAAGUAUGUCUCUCCUUAGAGGUGUGUUUGGUCUUUCUUUUGGUAGUGGCCUUAAACUAAAACGGCUGUCAACUAAUUAGAGAUGUUUAUUGUGGUAGGGGGCACCUGCAUAGAGACAUGUGGACCCACUGAGUGUCUAAGAACCUCUAACCUCACAGGACUGACCAGCUGCUGCCAUGGACACAUGGAAUAACUAUAAGGGCUGGGCAGAGCAGCUAUGUCCACUGGCGCCCCAACACACGCACACACACACACACACACACACACACACACACACACACACACACACAC